AUGGACCAAGAUCAGCAGAGGGUGAAAGCAGAGUCUGCUAAAUAUGAUCGAGUGAAGUGCAGACCUAAGAGUAGAUUUCUCCCUCCUCUGACUAAUGCCAGUAUCGAGACUUUCGUCAGAUCCUGCCAGAUGGAUAUAGAUAAGAUCCAAUGGAAAGGGAAGCAUAAAUCCAAUUUAAAUAGCAGUGAGAUGCUGAUACUUCGUGAGCUGAAAGAGGACAACUCUCUAUCGAUUAGGCCAGCUGACAAGGGAGGUGCCCUGGUGGUUAUGGAUACUCAAAAAUAUAUAGCAGAAAUGGAUUGGCAAUUGUCAAAUAUGCACCAUUACAGGAUUCUUGAUGGUGACCCAGCAG